AUGGCGGCGCCCAUGAGAGUCCUGGUCCGCCGGGCGAUCCGUCUGUCUCUCAGAAAUGUUUCGGUUGGUUCUGUCUCUGCCGCCGGUCGGUCCUCCUGCGGCUCGGCGGCCUCGUGCUGUCGGUGUUUUAGUGAAGCAGCCGGAGACAGAAACACACACUUUGGCUUUGAGACGGUGCCCGAGGCGGAGAAGGCGAAGAGAGUGUAUCAAGUUUUUGAGAAUGUGGCACAGAAGUACGACAUUAUGAACGAUGCCAUGAGUUUGGGGAUCCAUCGACUGUGGAAGGACAUGCUUCUGCACGUGAUGCAUCCUCAGCCCGGUGCUCGACUCCUGGAUGUGGCAGGGGGAACAGGCGACAUUGCUUUCCGUUUCCUGGACUACAUUCAGUCCCAACAGGAGCGGCAGAGGCGGCGGGAAGCGAUGUCCAGCCAGACCCCGUCAUGGCAGGACAUCUCCAGCAGUUACAGCACGGAGGACGGGGAAGGGGACCGGGAAUCUAGCGCCGUGGUGUGUGACAUCAACAAGGAGAUGCUGAAAGUGGGCAAGCAGAAGGCCGACAACAUGGGCAUCAGUGCCGGUCUGUCGUGGGUGGUGGGAGACGCAGAGGAGCUGCCUUUUGACGACGACCAGUUCGAUAUUUACACCAUCGCCUUUGGCAUUCGAAACGUCACCCAUAUAGAUCAGGCACUGCAGGAGGCCCUGCGGGUCCUGAAGCCAGGCGGCAGGUUCAUGUGUUUAGAGUUCAGCAAAGUCACAAAUCCUGUACUGGCAAGGCUUUAUGACGCCUACAGCUUCCAGGUGAUCCCGGUUCUGGGAGAGGUGAUCGCCGGGGACUGGAAGUCUUAUCAGUAUCUGGUGGAGAGCAUCCGAAAGUUUCCCGACCAGGAGGAAUUCAAACUCAUGAUGGAGGACGCCGGGUUCUACUGUGUGCAGUACUACAACCUGACCGGCGGAGUGGUGGCUCUGCACUCCGGGUUCAAGCUGUGAGACGGUCCAGCUGAACGACCUGGACUUUGUGGAAGAAGCCCGCCACGGACACGAGUGCACAGAGACACUAAAUUCAGAGAUUAUUUAUUCAGUGAUCAGUUUUUGGAUCAUCAUGAAGCUGCACAUCGAACCCUGGUUUAAGUUUGUUUACUGAUGAGGCGAGUUCAGUGAGGUCUGGUUGUGUUUUGUAGAAUGAUGGUGAAUAAUAAACUAAGCAAAACAAUGUUAUCAGAAAUUAUUUUUCCUGAAACAGUCUGUAACUACACUUGUUUUCACUGAAUCUUUCUUUAUAUGUAUAAUUUCAGUAUGACUCAAAGUUGAUUAAAAUUUAACAGUU